AUGGUUGAUCGCCAGGACAAUCACUCUGCACCGGACAAGGCGAUCGCUGCAGCGACCGGUCGCGAGGAGAUUCUCACCCCACCAGCUGCCUGCCACACAGCUCAACGACCUCAUCGCGAUGAUGACGACGCCAGAAGCACAGAUAACGACCUGGAUGCCCUCGAACUCCGCAAUAUAGCCACUCAAGAUGACGACGAGGCCGGCUUCUCAACCGAAUCGAUCUCCUCGGGCGAAUAUCGUAUCCGCACACAUCGGACCGUUUCCCGCACCACUCAUUCCAACCGGGAGCACACAAGCAAGGGGCUGGCGGGACAUAUUCGUCGCUUUUGGACACGAAAUGUGGUGUUGACAGUGCCGCAGAAGAGUAAUCGGGACCAUUUCGCUUUAGAGCGAACUUUCUUAGCUUACAUUCGUACUUCGGUCAUGGUCGCCAUGCAAGGUGUAUUAAUCGCCCAAUUAUUUCGACUCCAGCAUUUAGCUUCGCCGGAUACAGCACUGGGGUUCUAUGAAGUGGGGAUUCCCCUGGCGGUUAGCUGCUAUGGCGUGGCGAUUUUGAUAGCUGCCAUGGGUGCGUAUCGCUUCUGGAAGCAGCAGAAUGUGGUGGCUUUGGGGACUGUGUAUGCGGGGGGGUGGGAGUUGAACUGUAUCGGGGUGUUGAUUGGAUUGAUUAUUUUGACGACGUUUAUACUAUCUCUGGUUAUUACCGUUGAGUUAAAACAUGAGGAAAGUUAG